UUAUUAUUAAAAUGGAUAAUAUUUAUUCAUUAGAUACUUCUCAUGUAGAAAAGGAUUUGGAAUAUAAAAAAUCUAUUCAUAAACGACGAUCUUCUGUUUUCCAAAGUCGUCAAAUUAUAUUUGACGAAUGUGAAGGUACAGAAGAUAAAGAGACAGUUGAAAAUAGAGAAGAUAUAAAAUGUGUAUCUAAUACAACACAAGAAAAAGUUUUUAAUUUAGAAGAAUAUAUAAUUAAUUUAAGAAAUGAAAGAAAAGAAUGGAUAGAAACUUUGAAACAAAGAAAAACACAACGAAAGAAUCUUACAAAGCAAAAAUUAUGUUUAGAAAAUCAAGAACAACUUUUGGAUCUAAAUAUUUUAUCAGAAUAUGAAAAAACCUUUGUUACAGCACGGCCGAGUUAUCAACAUAUUUGCAAAAAUUAUGAAAAACUAUCAGAUAUGCUUGUGAAAUUAUCAGUGUUAUACAAUUUAGCUUAUAAAUUAAAUCAAAGAUUCAUUUCACAAAUGGAAAGAAGACUAUGUAAAAUUACUGAUAAAAUAAUCAAAAUAUCAGAAUCAUGAUAUUAUAAAGAUUGCUAUACAUUAAAAAUCUUUAAAACAAGAUUAAUUAUUGUUAUACAAAUGUACAAUUUUUUUAUAUUAAUUAAAAUAAAUAUAAUUAUACAUAAUUGAAAUAAACAAA